ACUAACUUCACACCCGAUCUCCCAUCAGAAACUGCGGAAAGACUCAAGCUGGUCAGGAAGCCCUACUGAAGUUUUGGAAAGGAGACGUGAUCCUAAUGAGGAUCCGUAAGACUUCUAAGGUUCCAGUAGUAACACCUCGCCUCCGGGGCAGAGACGGAUUUGGCAGGCAGAAACCCUCAGGGAAGCUGGGGGCGGAACAAAGGAAAUGACGUUGUAGGAGCGCCAGCGGGGCGGGGCGAGGUCCCCGGGUAAGGCUAACGGCUUCCGGUAGCGGAGUCAGGAGGGGCGGGGGAGCGGGGCCGGCGGCGAGUCUGAAAUCUGUGAUUCCAGGCCGACCCGCGACCUCGCACCCUCCCAGCCGCCCCGAGAUGAUGGGCUGUGGGGAGCCAGAGCUGGAGUCCGCGGCAGUCCCGGGGCCGCCCCCAGAGCCCCCAGCCCCGGAGCCCCGAGCCCCAGUGCCCGAGCCCGGCCUGGACCUGAGUCUGAGCCCGCUGCCCGAGAGCUCGGAGCCGCGGGACGGCAGCCCGGGGCGGCGGUCUUCCGGAACCUGGUGAGCCUGCAGGUGCCCGAGGAGCAGGUUCUGAACGCCGCGCUGCGGGAGAGGCUGCCGCCGCAGGCCCGAGCCCCGCCCCCGAAGGAGCCACCUGGACCAGGGCCGGACAUGACCGUGUUGUGCGACCCAGACUCGUUGUGCUAUGAAUCGCCACAUCUGACCGUGGAUGGGCUGCCCCCUCUCCGCCUUCAAGCCCGGACCCGUCCCCCGGAGGACACCUUCCUCAUGCACCGGACACUGAGGCGGUGGGAGGCUUAGAUGCCAAAGCUCCCUCGAUCGCUGGUUCUUAUUUUUGUGCGUAAAAACUUUUUCGGAAUAAAAUGAUUUUGCUAAUAGAGGA